AAAUAUCGAGUCUACUACUUGGCUACCACUUGGCAACAUGUCACAUUUGGGUUCUGCUAUCAAAAUGCCACUGGUGUUGCAACUGCUGCUCCUGGCGCUUUGCCAGGCGCAUCCGCCAACCACAACCACCAACGCUGCUGUGCCUGCUGCCGGCGAAGUCUAUGACAACAAGUUUGACAAUGUGGAUCUGGACGAGAUAUUGAGCCAGGAGCGCUUGCUCAACAACUACAUCAAGUGCCUGGAGGGACUCGGACCGUGCACCCCCGAUGCCAAGAUGCUCAAGGAGAUCUUGCCGGACGCCAUGCUAACGGACUGUGAGAAGUGCACGGAGAAACAAAAGUAUGGGGCCGAGAAGGUAACGCGCCAUUUGAUCGACAAUCGUCCCGAGGACUGGCAGCGUCUGGAGAAGAUCUAUGACCCCCAGGGCGGCUAUCGUCUUAAGUAUGAGGAAACCAAGAACGGCAAUAACAACAAGGAAAAAGUUGAGGUUGACAUAAUGGAGCAGGGUGAUAACUAAACCCUCUUCCCGACAAGGGAGAGUUUUUGUUUUCCGCGCAUUUAUGUGCAUAUAUCUAUAUCUAUAUCUUCUAUGAUUUAUUCUCUAGCUAGAGUUGUUAUUUUGUUUUCUGCACAGCACCAUAUGUAUACAUAUAUUUAAUAAAGCAUAUACCAAAGCU